AUGAAAAAUACUUAAAGGUAUAUUAUGAUGGCUUUAAUUUUUGCCAUCGCCACAAGUUCAGCUUAUGGUUGGAUUCACACACAUUACUACCCUCCUAGUGAUGAUGUAUUUGGCCCUGCUGGUAGAACCUUCUUGUCUAUUUAGGCUUUUACAGAUUUAGUAAUAUAAAAUAUUACUUUACACCAAUUUGAUCCAGACUUUGCUAAUACACCUAUAGCAACUUCUAAUGAUACUAUGGAAGAUCUCUAAGUUCACUUUAAGCUCUAUAUGAAAGAGGCUAAAGCUGAUCCUAAAUUUACUACUCUUACCUAAGUAAAUGAUACUACUUACAUUUUAGACUCAAAGAAUGCAUUUUUUUCUUUAGAGUGUGAUUUAAAUGUGUAAGGAAGAGCUUAUAAAAUUCCUGCUACUACAAAUAAUGCUGAUUUUUAAAUUAAAUUCUAACUACUAUUUAACGAAUAAGGUAAAAUCUAUGUCUACACUAACUUUACUAUGUCUAGGAUUGACAUAAAAAACUAUACUAUUCCUGUUGGAUUUUUUGAUCCUUAUCUGCUAUCAACAAAUGAAGAUUAUAUUGAAGUACAAUUACCUUAAAAAUUUAAAAAUAUUCCUCUUGACUCAAUACUCGCAGUAAUUACUAUCAGUUUUAAGAAUUAAUUGACUGAAUUUUUGAAUUCAUGGUUGUGUGACCUAUAAGUUUAUGAAAAUAUUAGUCUAGAUCGUAACCUUACCAAAUUACCUACGAUUGUUGGUAACAAAAUCCUGAUUGAAAGGAAUAUGUUCUUUUAUAACAACAAAGUUGCUAAAUCUAGACCAAAUAUAGGACAUCCUACUGCUUUUCCUAAAUAAGACGAAUUGUUUCACAGACAAGAAGAGACUUUGAUGGUUAACGAAUACUUUUUCAAUUCUCUGUUUUAUGCAAUGCAUUAAGCAGGCAUGCUUAAGCAUGUUUUAACUAAUGAGUCUAUCCCAAUGGAGAUCAAACAAAAACUCACAGUCUUUAACCUUGAAUAAUUAAUACCUGGAUUAAAGUAAUAUUUUGGAGAUGAUUUACCAAUUAACAUAGAAUUUGAAUGUAUUACUCAUCCUAAAACUACAAUUCUUGGAGAGGUAUUUUUCUUAAGAGAACCAAAAGUAGUUACUAAAGUUGAAAUAUUGAUGAAUAUCCUUGUUAAUACUCCAAACGGUUAGGUUUUAGUUGGCUCAUUUGAUAUUUUAGCUUACUUCGAACUAUCUAUGAUAAUUGACAUAAACAAACUAUUUUUAUAUUUUGAUGGAGCUCAAAUUAAAGGUUUCAAAACUGUGAAAUAAGGAAUUCAAAGCAUACCUUUAGAUGCAGAAAUGAUAAAGAUAGCUGUAGAAAGAUUUUUCAUAGAAUCAAUUCCAAGAUUAACUAAUUUUCUAAAGUUUUAAAAAGGAAUUGAGUUAAUUCCUGCUGGUAAUGUUGAAUUCACCAAUAGCAAUACUGAUAUAGCUCCUAAUCAUAUCUCUACAUAAACAGAUUUAAUAAUCCAUAACAUAAACAAAGAUCCUAAUUAACUUUAACCAGCAAUGAAACUUAGAAUUUAAAAUAGAAUUUUUGAUAAACUUAAGUAUAAAGCUGUUGAAAUUAUUACUUAAGGUAUUAGAGGUAUGGAAGUUCCUAAUAUAAGUUUUUAUUUAUUAACAAUCAAAUGUAGUUUGAAUAAUUUCAAAAUAAACUCUAUUGAAACAAAUGCUAACAAUAUAGAAUUAGAAGGAACUGAUGAUGGGCUAUUUAGUUUAAGGAUUUUGAAAAUUUUUGUGAAAGGAUUAGGGAAUUUAGGAUUGAAUAAAACUAUACAGAUUUUUGGUAUAGAUAUUACAUUAUUUGAUACAAAUUUAGACCUCCAUUAUGAAAUAGAAAUAACAAAUUUAGAAGUAAAAGUGUAAAUUUACCUAGACUAAAAUAAUUAAAUGACCGUUUAAGUAGUCGGUUUAUAAUAUGGUCUUAAUGUGGUACCACGUCCAGACUCAACAUUCCUAGACUUUAUUUGUUUUAAUCUUGGUUUUUUUGAAUGGACUUUUUUUGACAUUUCUUUAAAAAAAAUUGUUAUUUAUAAAAUGUAUAAUAUUGUCUAUGAAAUGAUGGAGAAAUAAUUACCUCUACAUUUAUAAAAAAUUUUAGUUAUUAAUAAAACUAAUCUAUCUCUAGACCUUUAAUAAACAAUAGCACCAUUAGUUAAUCCUUAAUUUACUGAGUUUUAGACAACAUUCUUUUUCUUCCCAACAGGUAUUUCUGACAGUAGUAGAUUACCUCCUUUUUAUGCUCCUUCUCUUCCUGAUUUCAGUACAAAUUACUAUGAUCUUGAAAUCAUGAUCCACGAAUAUACUCUAAAAUCUGCCAUCUAUUUUGCUUAUUAAGAUUAUGUAAAAGGAAGAUAUAACUUUGAUAUCACAUAUGAAAUGCUUCAUUAAGUAAAGAAUUUUUCAUUCACUCCUGAGGCUUUUAAAUGGACUUUACCUGAUCUAUACUAUAAAUAUGGUAAAGAUGCUAAGCUGGAUUUGCACAUUGAACCUCUUUUUUAUCCAAUAAUCAAAAUUAGUACAAACUCAAUUUCUUCUAGUAUCGAAACCUUAAUUGAACUUCUUGUUAGAAUUCCUAAUCCUCACGACAACUAAACUGAAGAAAUCAUAUCAGCCUUAACUAUAAACUGUGAAUUUGGUUUUUCUAUCAAAGCUUAUGAAGAGAAUCAACAUCUUAAAUUUGGCAUAGAAGACAUCCACAUUUCAAAGUUUGAAGCAACUAAAAUUGAAGUUGAUCCUGGAAUUUUAUUCAGAUUUUUCGGUCAUUCAGUAUUAAAUAAAAUAAUAACCUUCUUUAUUCCCGAAAUAAAUAAAAAACUUGACGAAUUAUCAAUAAAUCUUAACGAUUUGGUGGUUAAAAGUCUUGAAAUCUCAGAAAUUUAAGUUAGUCUAAGAGAAGGAUACAUUUUUGUAGCUUCAAAUGCUCAAGUAGUUUGA